CUGACAGACUUCCAUCUACUACAAGCUCCCUUCAACACCGUCUCCGUGCAACGUAUCCGAAUUGGCCGGAUUUGCUGAAAUCCACGAUCUCUCAGCGCCAUUAUUCAACCGUACCCAAGUCGCAUGCCCUCUUUUGGUUCGGCAUGCUACACGCGAUCAUCGUCUCAGCAACAUCGUCGUAGAUAGAGCUGGCUGGAGCUUGACACCCAAGACUAGCAUCACGCAGCGAUCGCCUCUCCUCGACUUCUAGUCUACCAAACCUUAAAUACCUACUCUCCGUCGCAGUCUUCCGGUCGACGGUACCUGUUCUCAAGAUGAAGGCCUGGCUCUAUGCCUCCGUCCUGGGCAUGUCCCUUUGGGCGGCUAAUGCUCUGGAGGUGAAGAUGGACCAAACGGACGAAAACAGACAGAGAUGCUCAGGCAUGUACAGCCGCAGCGCCUGGGGCGGACCCGUCGACCCUUACAUCAACGUCAUGUUCAUCCCGAAGGAAGCGCCAGCGGACCAGGAUCCUACCGUGAGCUUGGUCAUCUUCGAGUGGAAAGACGAGGACUUGAUCGGCGUUCGCGAGACUCCGGAUGCAGAGAAUAAAAUCGGCAUUUGCCAGGAAGCAUUCGUUAAGAAGAACUACUGCAACGAGACGGACAUUGGCAAGUUCAUCAUCGAUAAGGAAGCCACGACGAAGUCGAAGAACAUCAUCGAAACGAAAGCCAUUCACCUCAAGGAGCCCCAGAGCACCAAAUACAUGAUCAAGAAGACGGGCUACUACUGCGUCCUGACCGAUAAGUUCACCGCGGGCGAGUUUACCGCCGUCGUGGAGUUCCGUAAUGCCUACGGCGAGCUGCCCGCGACUCAAAUCCCGAAGUUACCCUUCUACGGAGGAAUCACCAUUCUCUAUGCCUUAGUUGCCGUAUUCUGGGGCUUCUUGUACUACCAGCACCGCCACGAUAUUCUACCGGUUCAGAACUACAUUACGGCCAUCAUUAUCUUCCUUGUUGUGGAGAUGCUCUUGACAUGGGGAUUCUAUGACUACCUCAACCGAAAUGGUGCAAAUAUCGGCUCCAAGGUGUUGUUAGUAAUAGUAGCCAUUUUGAACGCCGCUCGCAACUCAUUCUCUUUCUUCCUGUUGCUCAUUGUCUGCAUGGGCUAUGGUGUAGUUAAACACACGCUCGGGCGAACGAUGAUCUGGGUACGCUGGCUGGCGAUUGCCCACUUUGUUUUCGGGCUCGUAUAUGCGAUCACCAGCUUGCUGAUUACUCCAGACGCUGCUGGGCCCUUUGUGCUUCUCAUCGUCCUCCCUCUUGCAGGCACACUUACCGGAUUCUACAUCUGGACGCUGAACUCCCUGAAUUUCACACUAAAGGAUCUGCGUGAGCGUAAGCAGCAUGCAAAGGAAGCCAUGUACAAGAAGCUAUGGUGGUGUAUCCUCAUCAGCAUUUUCGUCAUCUUCGGCUUUUUCUUCUUCAACAGCUUCAGCUUCGCAUCAGUCAGCGACCCCGACUACGUUCCCUUCCACUGGAAGUCGCGGUGGUUCGUUCUCGAUGGCUGGCUGAAUCUUGUCUACUUCGCCGAUGUGGCAUUCAUCGCCUACGUCUGGAGACCGACGGCCAAUAACCGACGCUUCGCCAUGAGUGACGAAAUUGCACAAGACGAUGAUGGCACGUUCACGAUGGCUGACAUUGGCGGCAUUGAUUCAGAUGAUGAUGACGAGGAAGCCCAAGUGGGCAAGAACAACACCACUGCUCCAUCAUCCACUCCUGGUCACGGCGGCUCCUCAGCCGCACCGGCGAGCAUGCCCCAAGCGCAGCCACAAAGACACAUUCCUCGCGAGUCUUUGGAUGGAGAGACCAUCUUCGCAGUGGGAGAAGAUGGCGACAGGUUCUCGGAUGAUUCUGAUGAGGAAGACGCCAAGCUUGUAAGCAAGAAAUAGAUGGUGGGCAUUUUUGGGUUCCGGGCAUCAGCAAAAGCAGCAAUUGCGUAAUUGCAGUGUAAAGUAUGCACUUCAAGGGCGGCGUUGGCGUAGUAUACUCGGUUUCCGUCAUUUAGGAGAGAAGGUUCAUUGUCAUGUCAUGUAGAGGUCGGAGGUACCCCAUUGUCAAUUAUAUGAUCGCAAAUAAUGCUCU